AAACACUCUCGUUUGCGUUGAACUUGAAAAUCAUUGCUGAAAGGAUCGCGAUCGGGGGGUAAUCUGUUGUUGUUUUGACUGGCUCGCGUCAGUCAAACGUUAUUUCUGGUGCGUAGCACAGGACGCUCGAGUUUUUACGUUAUGGGUACGAACACGAAAUGCCUAAUCCUAGUAGUGGUCGCGUGUUUCUCCGCCGGCGAUGCCCAGUACCGGCAAGAAAUCGUUUUUCCGGGCUUCGGAGCUCAGUUUCAGGGCGAGACCAGAGUGGGCGGGCGGCCAAUUCAAACUACGGCGGGAUUCAACCUGAACCCUCCGCCCCCCUUGACGAUAAUCCAGUCGUUUCCUUUUAGCUCCGCGCUGUUUUCCGGCAAUUAUCGCAGCGGUUUUUUGCCGCCCCCGCCGCCCUUUACAAACCUGUUCACCCCCAACACCAUCAGGCAGCCAGUCGAGAGCAGAGGGCAAGCGGAGGAAUACAAGAAAGCUGUGGACGAAGAACAGCGCGCCGAAACGACGACGAACGCGGACAGCUCGGACGGCACGACCUUGGGGCCUCAGCAGAACGCUUUCGUCAAGCUUCACGUCCAAGGAAAAGACUACGGCUAUUCUACGCGUCAAUAAACGCGUCAUCAUUUUAGUACUUAAUCCCAAAUAUUAGAUUGUAACACAUGAGCACUAUAAUUAAAUAACAUAGCGGAAAUCAA